AUGUCUGACUCUACUCUCAUUAGGACUAGGAAGUUUAUUUCAAAUCGUCUUCUUCAGCGUAAGCAGAUGGUUGUAGAUAUUCUUCACCCUGGUCGUUGCGUCUUAUCC